AUGGUUAAUGAUAAUCAGUUUGAUACAAAUACAAAAUUUUCUCAUGGUGGUAAUUUAUCAAUACAAGAUUUACCAAGUCCUCAAGAAGUAGUUAAUUCAAUUACUGCAAAUAAUAAUCAACAAUUAACCGAUAAUAUUGAUUCUGGUAAUCAAGAUCAUGAUGAAAGUGAUGAUUUAUCAAUUAAAAAUAAUGUUAGAAGUAAAUUAACAACUUCUGAUAUCAAAUUAAUCUUAUAUUUAAUCAUAACUAUAAAACCAUUUAAAUAUAUUGGUGAUAGAAGUCUUAGUCAAACAAAGAAAUGGGAAUUAAUACAGAAAAGGUUUAGUGAAAUCAAACAAAAAUCUAAUGAUUCAUCGGGGAAUCCAGGGGUUAUAAUACCAACAGUUAGAACUUUACAACGUCAAUUAUCAUCAGCCAUUAAAAAAUGUAAACUUCGAAAUAAUUCUGAAUCUUUACUUAAUAAUAAACAUGAUCCAAUAUUCAGAAAUAUUAAAGAAGACAGUUCAUUAAUGGAUUUAGAAUUGGCAGUAUCGGAAUUAUUUGAAUUGAGUGAAACAUUAAAGAAUGGUAAGAUAGCAAAUAGUUCAUUGUUAGAAUUAUCAUUAGAAUCUCAUGGUAAUGAAGGUGAUAAUUCUAAUUUUAAUAAUAAUUAUCAUGAUCAUCCAUUAAGUAUGACUUUACCUAAUCCACAAUCGUUGAAUCCUUCGUUAAGUCCAUUAAAUACUAUAGCUCCUUUGAAUCAGAAUUAUUCUCCUUAUUAUGUGAAUCAAUUACCUGCAACCAUACCUCCAGCAAAUUUCCCUCCAAAGAUUAAUAUUAGAUCAAUGAGUCAAACAACAAUGAUAAGUCCUUUGAAUUCUUUCAAUCAACCUUAUAAUCAAUUUCAAAUAAGUAGGUCAAAAAGUUUCGAUCAAGGAACUCAUCCGAAAGAUUUUUAUAGAUCGGAAGAGACUUUAUUAGAUCAUUCAAAUAUUACUGUUUUAAAUGACAUAAACAACAUUCGGAAUUCAAUAUCAGCUUAUCUAGAUUCAAAUUCAAAACCAUCAUCCAUUUCAUCGGCAUCCACUUCCGCCAUUUCUCCAAAACUAUCUAAUUUGAAUAGUUCAGCUCAUAGUUCAAUUUCAAAUUCUUCAAGUUCGGCUUAUAUUGUAGAAUUAAUAGAAAAUUUAAACAAUAAAUCCAAUGAUUUGAAAACUAAAGAACAAAAUAGAUUAUCACUGUAUCAACAAGCUUUAGAAAAUUUUAAUCAGCAACAGUAUUUGAUAAAUAAACAAUUGAUCGAAAAAGUGGUUGAUAAUUUGAAAUCUAAUGGGGAUGUAGAAAAUUCAAAACUAAUUUCAACUUUAUUACCAAAAAAAUAA